AUGAAGUUCCUGUGCCUGAGCCGGGAUGGUGUGAGGGUAGGAAUCCCACUCCCAACCUUCGAUGGGGCAUCGCUGGUGCCAACACCGGAGGCAAAAAAACCACUGAGAAGAAAUAGAAAGUUGGAAAAGGAAACAAAGCAACUGUUUAAACAAGAACAACUAAAAAGGCUCCAUAAAGCACAGGCUAUCCAGCGGCAACUGGAGGAAGUAGAGGAGAAGCAACGAGCCCUGGAGGUGUUUGGCAUUCAGCUAGAGAGAGAACUGCGAGGAGAAUCAGAUUCAGGCACACAAGAUGAAACUCAGCUGUUACAUGAAUGGUUUGAGCUGGUAUCAGAGAAGAAUAAAUUAAUGCGCUGUGAAUUUGAACUCUUGAUCAGAGCCAAAGAGCUUGAAUUAGAGGAUCAUCAAAGCCGACUGGAGCAGAAACUGAGAGAAAAAAUGGCCGCUAAUGACAGUUUGGAUAUUGAAAAGGAUCUGAGUGAUGAGUAUGAAACUUUUGAUGAGAUGAUGAAAAUGGUUGAAGAAAGAGAUAAGCUUAUAUCUUCCCUAGAAGAACAGAGGAUAGAGGAAGAAGGUGAAGAUUGGCCCUUAGAAAAGUCUGUGUUGUCCAGAGGAUACCAAUUCAGCCGGACUUGAAGUAAUUCUAGACAAAUCCUUGCUCUUUCAACAUUGUGAACACCACCAAUGGAAGAUUGUUAGAAUCUUAUUGUAGAGGAAGGAAUUAUGAACUGCAAUUGCAUG